AUGGGCCUGACACUACCCAGCGACCGCCUGCGCAUGCACGUGGAGCGACGCGACCUCUACACCAACCUCGAGGCGCGCAUCCACUACCUCCACAGCUUCCUCGACUUUAGCAGCCGCGACAUCGAGGCCCUGGUGUCGGGCGCAAAGUACGUCCGCGCCCUGAUCCCGGCCGUCGUCAACAUCGUCUACAAGAAGCUGCUGCGCUACGACGUAACCGCCCGCGCCUUCACCACGAGGAGUACCAGCUUCGAGGGACCCAUGGACGAGUACCCGGAUGAGGACAGCCCGCAGAUCCAGCACCGAAAGGUGUUUUUGCGCGCUUAUCUGUCGAAGCUGUGUUCGGAUCCGUCGCAGAUGGAGUUUUGGGAGUAUUUGGACAAGGUUGGCAUGAUGCAUGUCGGCCUGGGGAGGGCCCACCCUCUACACGUCGAGUACGUACACCUGGGCGUCUGUCUGGCAUUCAUCCAGGACAUCAUGAGCGAGGCCAUCCUCUCCCACCCGCGCAUGGCCAUGCAAAACAAGAUCGCGCUGGUCAAGGCCCUCGGCAAGGUCAUAUGGAUCCAGAACGACCUGAUGGCAAAGUGGCAGGUUCGGGACGGCGCCGAGUUCCACACGGGCGACGAGUCGGACGAGGACAUGGUGAUCGAGAAGGAGGGAUACCUGCACGGCAAAAAGAUCCUGGGCGAAGAAGACGACGUCCCCGAGGCGGUCAGUCCUGCGUCUUCAACCUCCUCACAGCACACUCUCACGCCGCCGAGGAGUCUCUUGUCGCCAUUGUCCCCUACGACUUGCAUGCCGAGGAGGUCGACGGGGAGCGAAGCCGCUGGGGUUUGUCCGUUUAGUGGCAGGCAGACCAACGAGCCGAGCACGCCAGAGAAGCGAAAACCUGAUAUCAAGAUUGAAGUCAGCGAGCCUGGUACUUUUGCUGGGUCGAGGUCGAUGCAGAGUCUCAGCGGUGUCGCACUGUCGGGGAGUACAGAAUCUAAUUGA